AAAGUCCACGCCACCCUUAAUGCCCCCACUCGGGUUACAAGCUCACGCUAACGAGCUCGGCGCCAUGCUAAUCUUCUCUGGAUCGUUCCAAUUUUAUCGGAUGUCCCCGAAGGAAAAUCCGAUAUGGCUGUCCCUGAGAAGGUGAAGUAUCAGGGGAGAGAGAGAGGGAACCAGCAGGGGCUGAAGGAGAUGGUGCAGCAGGGAGAAGUUGAUGCAGGUGGAGAAGAGGACCACACCGGCGCCGUUCCAGGCGUCAGAUCGAGGCGGCGGUGGCGCCUGAGGCAAGGCUUGGGAGAUUGGGAGACCAAGAGAGAGAGAGAUUCUUGAGGCUUCAAACAGGGCAUCCUCAAAUUCCCCAACCAAACCGUUUGACUCUACUUUGGAACUCUUGGUGUUCAACAUUGAUCUGGAUGAUUUUUUGAUGAUCUUCCGGGUAUCUCAGGUGAGAUGGCGGGACCCGACGUCGAGUGUCCGGUUGGUGAGCCGCCGAGGGGGUCUGCCGCGGCGCAGCUUGCAGCGAACCGACCGUCGCGGAAGAAGAAGGUCUACUUCCGCCCUCGUGGUGGCCCUCCCUUGGUUCCGACAGUGCCGGUGGAUGGCAGAGGUUGGGCACACGACCACCUUCUCCCUUCGUCGAUGAGCCCCGAGAAUCUUGCCCAGCUGGAGGAGGCGGGAUACUUCCCCAAGGGGGACGGUAUCCUGCCCGAUGGUGAGGAGGUGAGGCUCGACCAGCGGCGGCGUCCGGGAUGCAUCGUAGCAUUCUCGGCUUGGUUCCACGCCGGCCUGUGUGUGCCUGUUCACCCCUUCUUGCUGGAGUUCCUGGAGACGUACGGCAUCGAGUUGGCCCAGCUUCAACCGUCGACGAUCGUGAGGUUGAACGUUUUCAGGUGGCUGUGUGAGACGGCGCUUCACGAGGAUCCUUCGAUGAAGCUUCUACUCUUCUACUUUACCGUGGAGGUGAGGGCUCUGCUCACUCCGGACGGCUUUGCUCUGAGCGACUUUGGUUCGGUGAACCUGAGGCUUCGUUCCUGCUUUGGGGAUGACUUCGUGCUCAUGCCGGGGAAGAGUGCGGAGAAGUUGUUCGUCAAGAUACGCCCGUUUUACUGAACACGGGUCAAACCCACCCGAAACUAAAAUUGGACUCGGACUCGGGUCCGAAACUGACUCGAACUCAUUCUCUUUUUUUUUCUUUCUUUCUUUCCUUUUUUUUUCUUUCCUUUUUUUUCAACUUUCCAAAUAACUUGAUCUCUAAACAAAAUUCGAUCUAUGAUGAAACACUUUCCAAAAGCACUCCUUAUUGGACUCGGACUCGAACUCGUGGCUGAAAACUAUUACUUGCUGACUCGAUGUAGAACUCGAAGAGGGACUCGGUGUAGGACUGGAAGAGCGACUCGGUGUAGGACUCGAUGAGGGACUCGGUGUAGGACUCAAAGAGGGACUCGGUGGAAGAUAUGGUGGCGGCGGGAGAUUAUGGCGGUGG